AUGGCGAUGCAGCUUCGCACAGUACUUGCGCUGUCUGCAUCACUGGUGCACCUGGGGCUUGGUGACGACACUUGCCUGCUGCAGCUCACGGUGAACCUCUCAGGAGCCGCAAAGGUCAACACCAGCACUGCUUUCGUGCAGCAUGCCGGUGCGUCACUGCCUGACGGGCCUGACGCCUUGGAUCUUCAAUCAGGCGAUCUACGCUCCUCGUGGCGUGAUGCCUUUCGGGCUGAGGUGUGCAUUUUCUUGUCCGUGGUAGGAAGUAUUUGUGCCGCCUUCUGCAUCGGUGAGAUGUUUCAGUUCACACUGUCAACAAGGAUCGGCCGGCGUGCUGGGCAAGCAGUCUAUGUGCUCAGCGCACUGAUGGUGACGGUGGGGCAGGGCAUGCUCCUGACCGUCUCACUGCCCCUGGCAGAGUACCUGGGCUACUCCGCUGCGGCCUCCGGAUUCCUGUGUUCCACCACCAGCCUAGGUGCACUCGCAGCGCAAGCUGGUAUGGCCUACCUCGUGCCGGCGACAGUCCUUACCAACAGUUCUCAGGGCUUCCUGCGAAGAUGUGCUAUUGCCAGCACCUUCUUGCAGGGCGUGUUCCACACCCUCUUUGUCAUUGCACUCUGUGUUCCGUUGUCGGACACGGCGCGGUGGUACUGCCUGAUCCUGUCCAGGAGCUUUGCGGGCUGCUUUGCAGGUCUCGGCAUCCUCUUUGGCGGUUUCCUCGCCUUCGCCAUGACACCGGGGCACGAGAUGCUGAACCUGCAGACAGCUGUUCAAGGCGCCUACGGGGUGGGUCAGUGUUUGGGCAACCUCGUCUCCUCCCUUGCCCUGGUUCUCGUGCACCUCACAGGCAGCGAGAAGACCGAGGAAGCUUUGGAAGCUGGGGCGGCGCCCGUGAUGCUGUUUGUCCUGAUGCUGCUCUUCUUGCUAGCUAUUCUGGUUCUCCUGGUGCCGCGGGAGUCUGUGGAGUCUGCGCCCGUAUACGACGCUGUAGAACUUCAAGUUCACGAUCGAACUGAGGAGGAGAAGGAGGCCCCUCUUAGCCCCAAGAACGACGUGCUCGCGAGCCUUGUGGGGUCGGAUCGUGCCGCUCUCUUUCGUGCAGGGAUCGUCUACAAUUUUGAGCGGACCUUCUCCGUGGCCUCCAUCGAAGUAGCGACCACCAUGAUCUCCCAGGUGGAGUUCGGCUUCACGCCCCUCAUCACCGGAUGGAUCUUCGGUGCCAUCGCAGCAGGAUCAUUUCUGGCCAACAUAAUCGUCGUGUGCACUUCCCCAGAUGUGGACUUCCGCGCCAUGCUGAUGCUUGGUUUUGCCUUCGUGGGCGUCGCGACAGCUCCAUUCCUGAUGAACUUCUGGCCCUGGUGGUCGUUGUACGUGGCCGACACGCUGAUGAUGACCAUGACCAUGGCAGCCAACGGAAUUUCGGAUGGCCUCUGCAUCCUCUCUGCAACAGGUGAAGAGGGAUACAGCCGACAGGCCUUCAUCAACCAGAAGAUGCUGAGCAUGGCCGUGGCCAAGGUCAUUGCCGCACCCAUCGCUCGAGGACUCCUCCCCUGGUUGGGCCGGAACGGCUAUGCCUCCGUGCAGCUGCUGGUGACCCUGGCCGGCUUUUUCGGCAUCCACAAGAUGUACCGCAUCAUCUCUUCCCGGAAGCGCUAG